UUUUGACAACCAAAUUUGAAAGGCCUGCGCAAAAGCUGAACUAGUGCUUCAUUCAAAACUCUUUCGAGUAAUGGGAGUUUCAGCAGGUGAGCAUCCUCCUCUUGUUUCUUUGAAGGGUAUGGUCGUGGAAGCACAAACCAAAAGAAGAUGCCCACUGAGUAGACAAAAAAAUGGGCGGCGUUCCAGGAGCAAGAGACCUGGAAGGAUCUUGAUGAAGAGAAGAGCUCGUGCAGAAGGUUCUACCAUGAGGGCAGGAUAUGGCAUCGAGAGAAGAGUUAGAACCCUGAAGAAACUCAUUCCUAAUAGUGAAUCCAUGGGAUUGGAUGGGCUUUUCAGAGAGACAGCUGGUUAUAUUUUGUCUUUGCAAAUGAGAGUUAAACUCAUGCAGAUAAUGGUUAAGGCUUUAACAGGUUCGGAUGAUGAGUAUUAAACUAAUUCAUUUUGUAAAGGCUAUCAAUCUUCUUCCUUUUUUUUAAAUUUAAAUUUGUUUUUUCUUAUAUA